CGGCCGCCCGAGCCAGGCCAGUUGAGCGAGCCGCCGAGACAUACGCACUCCUGGCCAUCGAUGGCCCUGUCCGCCCUAAUCAGCGCGCUCCUCGCCGCCGCCGUCUGGUGCGCCGCCUACCUCGCCGCCGCCAUCUCCUCCGCCUUCUAGCCCACCGCCCCCUCGGCCCCCACUCUCCACUCGUAGUCAACACCCUCCGCCUCCUGUUCUCUAAACCCUACCCCAAACCCCCCUCCCCUGCAACCCUACUUGCUCCGCUUCGCCGCACUCGCGCCGCCAUGGGCUACGCGCAACUCGUCAUCGGCCCCGCCGGGAGCGGCAAGUUUUGAUAUGAUAUGGUUUACGUCUGCUCUGGCGGGGUUCCGUUGCUCACAUGAGGCGACGUGACGAUGCCCUCUGCUCAACUUCGAUGUCAACUUAUUGCUCCAGUUUGUAUGACCAUUGCCAGACUGUGGGCAGGACAAUUCAUAUAGUCAAUCUUGAUCCAGCUGCAGAGCAUUUCAACUAUCCCGUAGAUAUGGAUAUCAGGGAGCUGAUUUCACUGGAUGAUGUUAUGGAGGAGUUUGGGAUGGGGCCCAAUGGUGGCCUUAUCUACUGCAUGGAGCACCUUGAAGACAGUUUGGAUGAUUGGUUGGAUGAACAGUUAGAGAACUAUUUGGAUGAUGACUAUCUUGUGUUUGAUUGCCCUGGCCAGAUUGAACUCUUCACUCAUGUUCCAGUUCUGCGCAACUUUGUUGAACAUUUGAAACGGAAGAAUUUCAAUGUCUGUGCUGUGUACCUUCUUGAUUCGCAGUUUGUCAGUGAUGUAACAAAAUACAUUAGUGGUUGCAUGGCUUCUCUUUCUGCUAUGAUUCAGCUUGAACUUCCUCAUAUCAACAUCCUUUCAAAGAUGGAUCUGGUCUCCAACAAAAAAGACGUGGAAGAGUAUCUAGACCCGAACGCACAGGUUCUUUUGUCACAGUUGAAUCAGCAGAUGGCACCCCGGUUUGGCAAGUUGAACAAGUGUUUGGCUGAACUGGUUGAUGAUUACAGCAUGGUUAAUUUCAUACCACUUGACUUGAGAAAGGAGAGCAGCAUACAAUAUGUGCUAUCGUACAUCGACUCCUGUAUCCAGUAUGGGGAAGAUGCUGACGUGAAGGUUAGGGACUUUGAUCUUCCGGAGGAGGACGACUAGUUGGUAGUGCCUUCUGUCUUGUGAACCAUUGGGAUUUUGAGUAGGCGUUCAAGUGGUGUCUACUUGAUCUGUGUAAGAUGAAACAAUGCAGAGGCGCAGAGCGCUCUUAUCUGCAAACUCCUGUACGUUAUAUAACCUGCUUGUGUGGCUGACAAUUAGUUGCUGCUUGCAAGAAAGUCCUAUUAUGGAGUUCUUGGAACACAAGUGAGAACUACAUCACUGUGUGCCUUUGAUGGUGCUUUA